UCAAAUAUAUUCCAACGCUAUAAAGAUGUUCUAGUAUUAUUUGUAUUGUUUUUGCACUAUACAAGCCACAUUUUUUCAGUUGCUAUUCAAAAGCAGCAGGUAAAAGAAGAAAAUUUCCGAAUGUAAAAGAAAAGUUGUAUUUGUCUAUACAAAUUCUGGAAUCUCCAUUCAUCAGUAUCCUUGAACGACUGAAGAUGAAGAAUUAUUUUAUUUUUUUCAUUUCGAUUGUAGUGGUAACUUUAUCAAUGGAUAACGAUGCAGUCCAGCAACUAACGACAGUAGAUGAUGAAUACAUGCGAAAUAUGUCAAACUGCCGAGAUAAAAUCAGGGAUCCACCAGGUGUAAUACUUUGUGGUGAAUGGGGCGCACCAAAGUUUAGAUGUACAUUUAUUAGUGACAAGGAAAGAAGAGACUACCAAAUAUGUUUAGAAACUCCAAUUAGGAAAGUAUUUGUAAAUACAGGAUGCGGCGACUCUGCUUCAGUAGCCGAUUAUUGUCCUGAUCACUAAUGGAUCAUGCCAACAAAAAUUACUUUUUCGCCUUUAUAGGUAAAUGAAAACUGUAAUAAAAAUGCAAUAAAAACUGUACUGUCUUUAGAUAGAUUCAGGACUAUCACGAAAUUUUUCAACCGGGCCAAUAUAAUCUAAGAGUUAAAGACACUUUAAUUUAAAACUUAAAGGUGCUUUAUUAUAUCACCACUCCCUGAUGGAAAUAUUUCGUGGCAGUCUUGAAUAAAUCCAAAGCAAGUUCUAAAGCUGGUAAAGUUUUUAUCAUGCAUGCCUAUUUAUGGAAUACUAGCCAUGCGCUAUCUUGGCACAGCAUAAUUUUUCUACGUGUUUAACUUAAAGCUUUCUAAUGUCUAGUUUUAGCCUUGGUACUAUCUAGGAGUUCGUUACUUAUUUGAAUGUAUGAAGACUGUACAGAUUUUAGCUCAUUUCUAGCGAGAAUCUUGGUUUUAAGUUAAACAAAAAUUACAGGCAUGAAUUCAGAAAAUAAAAUAAUUUUAACAUGUAAGAUUUAAGUAACUGAAAAACAUGAUUGCAUAAAGCAUAAAAUAAUAAUUGAAUGGACAGUAUUAAUUAUUUAAGAUUGUAAAUAAUAAUCAUUUAACCCAUUUGAAAUCUCAAUAUAAGAACUGAAUUCUUAAUAGCGAAUGCGGUUCGUAUAUUGAGAUUUCAAUUGCGUAAAAUUAGGCAGUAGAAAUCUUAAAGUUAAACACGUUAAAAACUAGACAGCGCCAGGAUACCGCAUUGCUAGUAUUCCAUGAAUAGACAGGCGUGAUAAAAACAAUGCAUCUUUUCGCACUUAUCGGUAGAUAAAAAUUGUAAUAAAAACGGAGUUUUAUUUAAUAAAAAAUAAUGAUAUUAUUCA